CUGAUUUUACAGGACUUUCGAGAAAAAAUUUAUGUAUAAUGAAGUAAACUACUCUCACGUAAAGUUCCAUAUAUAUAUUGAAGGACCAAAAACUGUAAAUUUAAAUGUAAAACAUUUUCUAACUUUGUCACUAUUUUCAGAAAACGAUUUUCAAUUGAUAAAAUUAUAGUUUAAAGUAGGCUAUCUUCACAUAUAAUUUUGUGCACUUUCAGAGGAUCCCCAGAUCAAAAUUUUCCAACCCCAUUAUACAGGAUGAUUCAGGUUUCAAUCUGGAUAACUUCAGAAAUUGAUAGAACAAGUUAGAAUAAUGUUCAUUCAUGAUAUAAACUUUUUCUUAAAUCACAUCGUUUCAGAGAUUAGAGGGCUUUGAAGUAGGAUAUUUUUUCCCAUUUCUUAACACUAAAAAUACUUUUGAAAUAAUAAUUUUAACGAUGAUUUUCACAAACAUCAGUUUGUUUCUCAUGGGUUGCUAUAAUUGCUAUAAAGUUAAAUAAAAUUUUAUCUCAAAAAUAUGACCAAAUAUUAAAAAAAAACGGUACAAAAAAAUUUAAAAAUUGACAAGACAAAAGUGGUAUGCAGCUGUUUUAUUAAAAUUUAUUUUUUUGAAGUUUUGAAAUAAUGUAUGGAAGGAAUAACACCAAAUUCAUUUCUAAGAGGAGUAGGUGGUUCAAACAAAAAAACUAUAUCAACGCUCUCUAUCUCUGAAACGAUGCGAUUUAAGAAAACAAGUUCAUAUUAUGAAUAAACAUUAUUUUAACCUGUUCUAUCGAUUAAAUCUGAACCACCCUAUAUAAUUCUACUAAAUAAAAAUUAUUAUUAUUCCUUUAAAAUAAUACAAUUAGAAUUUUUUUCGCUUAUAUAUCUGACUAUUCUUGAUUCCAUCAAAUCUAAAGAAUCCUCUUUAAUUGAAUGCAAUAUUAUUAAACAGCUCAUCAUACUAAAUAAAAUUUAUUUCUCAAAAAUUUUUAAUCGUUAUAUCUUUUUCACUUUGAAACCUAUAUACCUCCUUGCGAAUUUUUCAAAUAUUAUCCAAUAAUACCUUACAUUUUUGUAAACAAUUCUAAUGAUUUUUUUAUUUCAUAUACAAAUUUAUCAAUCUAUAAUUAGACUAUUACGAGGUAUUAUCACUAAAAAUUACAACAGACAUUUGAAAUAUAUUUUUAUUUGAUAUAUAAUUUCAUUUAAUAAUUUUCCAAUAAAUUUUAAUGUUAUAAAUCAGAAACAUUAUAUUUAAACUAUAAUCAAAAUUAACAAUUUUUUAGCACCUACCCGUCUGUUAAAACGGAAGUUUUCGAGUGAUUCUGAGGAUGAACCACCUCAAAUCGUCACUGUGGAAGUUAUGAUUCACCACGGUGCCAAUACUCAUAUUGAACAAAAUAUCCCAGGACCUUCAUCACCUGUUGCAGCUUCUACACAUUCUAAUAACACUCCUGUACCAAUUUUAGCCCCACCAAUGCCACAAGAUGUUAUAGAAAUUGAUGUAGAGAACAUAGGUGAUGAGAUAAUUCCUGAAUUAUCUCCAUCUUUAUUAGAUGACCUCCAAAAUGAAUUUGCUGAUUUACCAUUUAACAAUCGGAGACAAACAGCAAAUCAAAUGGAUGCCGCCAUAGCUGAUAUUCCUACGAGAGAAGACAUUCAACAAGAUAUAGAACGUCUACGGAAUAUCGAAAAUCGCUUACCGACAUACCUUCUGGCUAGCGAAAGAAUUGUACUAGGCGGAACUUACAAUUUAGGUCCACUCGAUCAAAUGUGUAUUCAUUGUUCUGCUUUUUAUUUUCAUGUAGAACGCCUAAGUCGUGGACACUAUACAAAAUGCUGCCGACAAGGUAAUGUAGUUUUAGAAAAUUUACCACCUAUGCCUGAUGUUUUAGAAGCUCUGUUUCAAGGCUUACAUCCUUUGUCUGCCCAUUUCAGAAGGUAUAUAUUAUUAUAUAAUUAUAGUUUUCAGUUUGUUUCUUUAGAGGCAAACCUACGAGACUUUCCCGCAAGGGGGCCAUAUGUCUUUUCUGUCAGAGGAAAAGUAUAUCACCACAUUUCCAAUGUAAAUGUUAAUGAGCCGUUGCAACGCUACGGACCUAUUUAUUUUCUAGAUCCAGACGAUGCCGUCGAUGCCCGAGCACAAAACAAUAAUCAAGUCUUAGACAGACGAUUAAUUGUUCUUUUGGAACAAUUGCUAAGAGAUAUAAAUCCCUACGCUAGGGCAUAUAUGCAUCUACGAGAACGUUACAAUUUAGAACGGCAAACCAUUGACAGACUUCGAGCAGAAGCCGUUCGUGAUAACGUAGAACCUCCCCCUUUACAAAUGCCAAAUAUAACAUUAGAAUUAUUAAAUGUUCGUGGAAUAAAUAGAAGGCAAUAUGACUUGCCUAGAGUGGAAGAAGUUGCAGCUGUGUACAAUUUAAUGCCAGACGCUCCAGCAACUCCUAAUAUGCGUAUUUAUGUACGCGACGAACCCACUAGAUUCCAAAAUGUCUCAGAGGAAAGUGAGCAUAAUGAUCCGUUAGUAUUUCCUCUACUGUUCCCUCAAGGAGAGCCGGGAUGGUACAUAGGAAUGCCUCACAGAAAUGGUAAUCGCAAUAUAACAUUAUGCGAAUAUUAUGCCUAUCGUUUUGGAAUUAGAAAUAACGAUACCAGACUUAAAUAUGGAGGCAGACUAACACAACAAUUUGCUGUCACUGCGUAUAUCAAAAUCGAAAAUAAUCGUCUCAAAUAUAUAUUACGCAACCAAGAGAGGUUAAGAGUGACAGAAUAUGUUGGGUUGGCCGAUUACCUACAUCGUAGAGUCCAAGAAGGCAAUGAGAAUGACGAGGCCGCAACAUUGGGUAGAAUGGUCAUUUUACCAUCAACUUUUAUAGGCUCGCCGAGAUACCAACAGCAACUUUUUCAGGACGCAAUGGCAGUUGUUGGACGCUUCGGUAUACCCAGCCUUUUCAUUACGAUGACAACCAAUGCACGAUGGCCAGAAAUAGUGGAUAAUAUUCCCGCAGGUUAUACUGCGAGUGACCACCCAUCUCUCAUGGAUAGAGUAUUCCAGUGCAAAUUAAAUGAAAUGAUAGAUGACGUGCUGAAAAAGCACAUUUUUGGGGUACACGUAGCUAACCUCUACGUUAUAGAAUUCCAAAAAAGAGGGUUACCCCAUUGUCAUAAUCUGCUUAUUCUAAGAGACGGAGAUAAAUUAACAGACCCUCGCAGAAUUGAUGCAUUCAUUAGUGCAGAAAUACCAGAUCCGCAAUUAGAACCGGAACUGUAUGAAAUUGUAACCUCUUUCAUGGUACACGGCCCUUGCGGAGAAUUGAACCCAGACUCCGUUUGUAUGGUGAAUGGCCAAUGUUCUAAAAAGUAUCCUAAAGAAUUUAGUGAACUUACAGUAAUAUCAGAAAAAGGGCAAGUCUCUUAUAAAAGACCAAACAAUGGCAGAACUUUGACGAUUAGAGCUAAUAACAGAAACUGUAUUUUAGACAAUCGUUGGAUAGUUCCUUACAAUCCCUAUAUCCUAUUAAAGUAUAAAUGCCAUAUUAAUAUAGAGGCUUGCGCUACUACCCAAUGCGUUAAAUACUUAUAUAAAUACCUAUUUAAAGGUGUAGAUCUGGCAUUAGUUCGCAUUAACGUAGAAAAUCAAGCGAAUUAUAAUGAGGUAGAAAACUACUUGAACGCACGGUAUAUGACUCCUCCGGAGGCCUGUUGGCAUAUCAAUCAAUUUGAAACCCAUAAAAAUACCCACACCGUUUAUCGGCUUUGCGUUCAUCUACCUACCAGGCAAAUGGUUCGUUUCCAACCUGGAUUCGAAAUACAAGCAUUAGAAAAUAAUGAAAUUACCCAACUAACGGCAUGGUUUCUGUUAAAUCAGAAUGACCCCGACGCCCGACAAUAUCUGUACACCGACAUUCCAUAUCAUUACGUAUGGAAUAGUAGAACUAAACGGUGGACCCGUCGCCAAAGGGGUGCUAACAAAAUUGUAACACGAAUGUACUCUGUGAGUAUACGUAAUCAGGAAUUAUAUUACUUACGUUUGUUACUUUUACAUGUUCCUGGAGCAAUCUCCUACGAAGAGUUACGUACACUAAACGGGGUCAUUUACGACACCUUUAAAGAAGCCUGCCAGCACAGAAAUUUAUUGGCAGAUGACGUUGAGUGGAAACGAACUCUGAGAGAAGCUUGCUCUAGAGAUAUGCCAUAUCAAUUGAGAAGCAUGUUCGCUUUCAUAUUAGUUUUUUGUGAAGUUUCAGAUGCUCCGGCGCUUUGGGACGAAUUCCGAGAUUAUUUCAUGGAAGAUUUCAGGCGCCACGGCCUUUCUGAGGAACGGGCUCUGCAACAAACACUUCAAUGUAUUCAAACCACACUGCUGCUAAACGGCACUAGAUUAGCAUCAUACGGUUUACCAGAACCUGCAGAAAUGGUAAUACGUUUUGAUCCUAUAAAUAUAGAAACCGAAAGAGUACAAGGUCAGGAAAUGUACGAAAACCUCAAUCAUGAACAAAGAACCAUUUGUAAUGCAGUAAUGAAUGCUGUUCAUGAUGACAACGAUCCCAAUCGUCUUUUCUUGGUAAAUGCCGCGGCAGGAUCCGGCAAAUCAUACCUGUUUCAAACCUUGAUCUCAAAGCUACGAGGUGAAGAAUUACCCGUAUUAGUAGCCUGUCCGACCGGAAUAGCUGCUUCAAUUCUAAAAGGUGGUCGGACGAUUCAUUCAGUAUUUAAAUUACCUUUUGAUAUUAACGAAACGACGACUACCGGAAUCUCCCCUACUACAAGUGAAGGUCGUUACAUAGCCUCAUGUAAACUCUUAAUAAUUGACGAAGUCUCCAUGGUGACAAAUCUUAUUUUUAACAUAAUCGAAAGGGCACUACGAGACAUCUGCAGCGAUAACAGACCCUUCGGCAAUAAAGUGACAUUAUUAGGCGGAGAUUUCCGACAAACCCUACCGGUAGUCGUUGGCGGAAAUAGAUGUACAAUAGUAAACGCCUGUAUAAAAAGUAGCCGACACUGGCCUCUAUUUACAAAUUACGACUUGCAAACAAACGUAAGGGCUAUUCAGAAUCACGAGUUUGCUACAUGGCUCCUGAAUUUAGGUAACGGAACUUUACAGCCUCUACGACGAACAAUAUAUGGUAAUAUUGUACAAAUACCCACAAACUGUUACGUUACCAGUGUCCCAGAUCUUAUCGAGUUCUGCUUUGAUGACAUGGAUCCAACAGUGGCCAUAAGUAGGGCUAUUUUAGUUCCAACAAAUAAUAUUAGCCAUUCCAUUAAUAAAAAAGUUUUGCAAAAAUUAGAGGGCCUGAGCAAAACUUACUGUAGCGCUGACUGUGUGGAUACAACGGAUGACCCGGCAGCCGAAGUGGCAAAUUACACUGUCGAAUUUCUAAAUUCAUUAACUCCCAGUGGACUUCCGCCACACAAAUUGGUCUUAAAAGAAGGCGCCGUAAUAAUGCUUUUACGCAAUUUAAACCUAAAAAAAGGUUUGUGCAAUGGUACUAGAUUAAUUGUUCGUUUAUUGGGAAACCAGUACAUAGACGCUGAAAAAACCGACAGUAGUGGCAGACCUACUGGAGAACGAGUUUUUAUUCCCCGUAUAGACCUCAAAACAGGAGGUGACACGUUACCAUUUAAAUUAAAAAGAAGGCAAUUUCCCGUUCAGUUAGCUUAUACCAUGACGAUUCAUAAAUCGCAGGGACAGACCUUCAACCGAGUGGGUAUCUAUCUGGAGGAACCCGUAUUUACUCACGGACAACUCUAUGUAGCUUUUUCGAGAGCUAAAAACAUAGAAGACGUUAAAAUUUAUAUGUUACAACGUCCAGAACAAGGUAAGCUUUUACCAAACGCUGAAAACAUAUACACACGAAACGUCGUGUACAGAGAAGUACUAUAAUAUGUUUUAUUGUACACCUCAUCCAUGAGGUUUGAGAGAAACUUUUCAUGAAGGUCAGUAACUGGACUUUUUCCUUAUUUGAUACUCUCUGAUCUAAUACUCCAAAUAUGUUUUCAGUAUUACAGCCUUUUCCAUUUGACAGUUUGGUAUAUUAUCAUUACAAAACACUAACUAUGUGUAACAUUUUUGCAAAUAUAUCAAUAUAAUAUCUCAUUUUUAGUAGACAAACUUUUCCGAUUAUAAUUAGUUAUUCUAUAACAAGAAUUAAUUACUUUCCCUAUAUUUCCAUAGAUCAUGUAAGCACAGGCUAAUUUGGCAUCGUGCAAUCGGUUGCUUUAAAUCGAAUAAAACAACAUGUUUUGAUCUUAGAAUUGGGAAAAUGGUUUGCUAUUUAUAGCAAACGUAUAAUCGGAAAUAAGAAAUAUUUAUAUUUCAAUAAAUAAUAUUGGCAUAUUAAACUGCAUCUUACAGUACCAUAAUGUCUUUUCUUCUCAUUUUCAUAUCUGAGAAUUUUUUCUGUCGCAUGGAAACAGGCAAUACUUCCUUCUAAUUUUUUAUUUGGCACUUGGUAUCAAAUAUGAGGCAAAUACUAUACCAUUUUAAAUACGAAUGCCCUUAUAUGCUUUCGAGCAAUUCUUAAUAUACCGUGCCGUAUGUAGAAGGAUAUAUUAUUCCAAAUUUAAUUUCAAAAGAUAUUUCCAGUUACAUUUCAUCUUACUUUAAAAUCAAUAAUUUAAUAUUUUUGUUAUUUUUUUCCAACACUAAUUCUAAUCAUGUAUUAAAACCUUAAUAUUCAAUGUUAUACUCAUUUACAGAAAUAAUAACAAUGUAUUAUAUUAAAUUAUACAAAUAUCACAUUUUCAAAAUGGCUACUUUUAUCAUUUUUUUAUACUCUCUAUUGACUCGAAAAAUCCGAUGCUUCCUUCGUAAUAUAAUUAAUUGGCGGUUUUAUCAGAUAUGGAGCAAAUACUAUGCCACCAUUUUAGGCAAAACUGUCUCCAAACGCCUCGAGCAAUUUCUGAUUAAUAUACCUUGCCUUUUUUUACAAGGAUAGAUUUUUCGGAAUUUCCUUUCAGUGAGAUAUAAUUUAAUAUAAUAACUUACCUCGCCUCAAAAUCAUUAAUUUAAUAUUUAACGUUGU